GGAGCCCGAGCCUUGCCAGGACGGGGGCGCUUUGCGGGCGGCUCCUUCCUGGCUGGCAGCCCCGGAGGCUGCUCCUCUGCAGGCGCCUGUUGCUCUGCCCCGGGGCGCGCUCCCUGCCCGGGGCGCCUCUGCUGUUCCCGGGGCGCUCGGCGCUUCCCCUCCCUGCCCCGGGCGCUUCUCCUCUCGCCCUCUGCGCGGGUGAAGCGGAGCCAGCGGAGCAGAGCGAAGCGCGUCUCCCUGUCAGGCCGGGUUUCUCCUCCUUCGCCGCUGCCCGCUGCCGCAACAGGAGCCGAGAAGAAGCUACAAGUAAGUCAAGAAAAUGGCUUUUGAAAGUCUGAUUAUUCCAUUUUUAAUGUUCCUCAGCAAAGCUACAACUGAAGAGCUGUGCCCCUUGCGUCGCUCCAUUGAUGUACUUGAAGGGGAAUAUUUUUUCCUUUGCUUCCCUGGAUCAAUACGAGAUAAUCUUCGCAGUAAAACAUACACAGUGACCUGGUUCAAAGAAAAUGAAGGAAAGAUUAAUUUGAUCCAAGAAACACACAGACUUGUUUUAAAUGGGAGAUUUCUGGAGUUUUGGCCAGCUGAACUCAGUGACCUGGGGAAUUACACAUACAUACUCAGCAAUGGAACGUACAAUGUCACAUCACAAAAGUGGUCCCUGAAUGUGCUCAAAAGAAGUAAAGACAGUUGUUUUAACACAAAUCAUUUAUCCAGGCAAGUUAAAGCUGCUGGAAGAAGUUAUACAUUGAAAUGUAAUGCUGUGCCCCACAAUAAAAAUGUCACCAUAACGUGGUACAAGAACUGUAACAUCUAUAACUCUACAAAGGAGGAGGAACUGCAUUUUCCUAGUUUAACAAUUGAAGACUCUGGGAAUUACACAUGUGAUGUUUCAAUUAGUCAUGCUGGAAAGGCAUUCAACGCCACAAGUACAAUAGAGCUGAUGGUGAAAGAUGAUGCAGCUGAAGUUGUUAAAUUGGAGAUAAUUGAACCUGGAGAAAUUUAUGUUGAAACACAAAUAGGUAAAGAGGUGAUACUCAACUGCACAGUUUUCUUGGGUUACUCAAAUGCUGCCAAGCCAACAUACCUCCUGCACUGGAUAGACAAUAGUUUAAAUUCAUGUUCAGAGAACACUAAGAAGGAACAAUCAAUAUGUGAAAAGGAAUAUAAUUUUGAUUCAGGAAACAAGAAGUAUGCCUCAAAACUAUUGUGGAUUAAAACAGUUAAAGAGGAGGACCUGAAUUGUAAUUAUACCUGUCUCUUGAAAACUACAAAUAAGCCACAAUUAAAAAUAUUUAAACUGAAGAAAGGGAACCCUCCAGAUCUCCACCCACAUGUAUUUACUACUGGAAUAAUCAUGGCUGUAUUCUUUACACUUGUUCCUGUGCUCCUGGUGGUUCUCUCUGUGAUAUUCAGAGUUGACUUAGUUUUAUUUUACAGGGACAUCACUGGAAAAGAUGACACAAUAGGAGAUGGAAAAGAAUAUGAUGCUUUUGUGUCUUAUCUGAAAGACUCCAUAUCUACCAACGUAGAAGAAAGAAAAUUUGCUCUGGAGAUAUUGCCCAGGACAUUAGAAGACCAUUUUGGUUACAAAUUGUGUAUAUUUGAGCGGGAUGUGUCUCCUGGAGGAGCUGUUGUUGAUGAUGUCCAGUCAUUUAUUGACAAAAGCAGAAGAUUAAUCAUUAUACUGAGCCGGAACUACAUUUCUGACAGAGCCAUGUAUGAACUUGAGACUGGACUGCAUAAGGCACUGGUUGAAAGGAAGAUUAAAAUAAUAUUAAUUGAAUACAUGCUUAUCAGUGAUUAUAAUGUCCUGCCAAAAUCACUGGAGCUUCUACCAUCCAGGAGAGUUGUGAAGUGGAAAGAGGAUAAGUCUCUUCCCUCGAAUUCCAGAUUUUGGAAGAACCUUCGGUACCUGAUGCCAGUGAAAGCUUCCAAGUCAAACAUCAGAAGUCACAAUAAUUCUGAGUCCUAUCUCAGAAGAAGGAACUCAAGCGACAACUGUGUGUUGGGAGUCUAAAACAUUCUUAGAACCAAAAAUUGGAAAAGAAACAUGCUGCCGAAAUGAGCACAUGAUGUUACUUACAUAGAAGAUAUUAAGUGCACAUGUUUUAGGGAGGCAACAUGGUCCAGUGAAUAGAGCACCGGCUGGGACUUGAGAGAUGAGACAAAUCCUCAGCUUGUAUAAAUUGUCAUAGCUCAGAGGGCUAGGUUAAUCCUGCCCCUCAUCCUUGAGGCUCUGACAGUUUACACAAACUGAGGAACUGUCCCAAGGAAUCUAACCUGACUCUGCCUUGGAUUCAUUGUGUGACAUGGGGGCAGAUCAAAACCUUUCUAUGUCACAGUUUCUUCAUUUCUCAUAGAAAAACAUUAAUUCUGCUUGCACACUUUUGUAAAGCAAUUUGAGCCCUGUGAAUAGUCUAUAUUUUCAAAGUAUUAUUAUUUAGAAAUGUGAUUACUAUUGUUAUUUAUGAUUUCUUUUGUGAUAGCAUGUAAGGACUCCAGUCAGGAUCAGAGCCACAUUGUACUAAGCACUAUACAAACAUAUAACACAAAGACAGUUUCUGCCCUAGGAAGCUCAACAUCUAGGAUUUAGACAAUAUAACACAA